AACAAUAUUUUUCUUCAAUAAAUAUUCGCGAGUUCUCCAAAAUAUAUCUGCGUUGAUAUAUUUGAUAUUUCUGAUGUAGUUGAUGUUUCUGCGAUACUCGUGUCGCGAAGGAAAACGAUCGAUGCCGAUUCCGAUCGUUUCUUUUUUCUUUUUUUACGAAAUGAUUCAGUUUGAUCGCGCUCGUCGACCGUAAACUCGUGCCCGCGCCUUCGGCGCUGCGGUGUAAACGGCACGCGUUCGCUCUCAUUUUAUUGCGAUCCAGAAAAGCUCAUUUGAUCCCGCCAUUUCGUUUCUGCGAAACAAUCGGCGCCGCGACCGGGGAGCGCUCCAACUGCUUCUCAUCUCCGGCGUUGAAUUUUACUGUCGCUCAUCGCAACCCCAUAAAAAUGCUAUUCUUAUUCGAGUCGGCAAACCACACACGCGUUUAUUAACAUUUCACUUAAUUCGUGGGAAGAUCGCCGGCUAUAAAUUUCCCCGGAACAACCUUUACGCGCCGACGAUUCGGAACAUUAAUCUGUUUUCUCCAGGAUCGCGAACGGUCGUUCGUUGAAUUAUACAAAGAGGAGACGACGAGCAAUAAAGUAGUUCAACCGGGUCGAAGUGCGGAUAUUACUCCGGUCUGUGCUACAGGGAACAGGAGAUUGGAAGAAGCGACUCCGCCAGGAUCGACGAGAGGUUCACCGACAAAUAGGAGGAUACGGUUGUGCCUUGGCAGUGGUCUGUCUUUCUUCUGACAGAAGAGUCUGGGAGCUACAAGAAUCCUUGAAAGUUCGGAGCAAAAGCGUUCCAUCAGGAGCGACGAGAAUCCUUGUUCGACCGCGAAGAAAGUUUUUGUCUUGACAGUGAUUUCCCUCCCGCCAGAAGAGUUUGCGAGGACUUAGUUACUGGGAGAAGGAACAAGAAAUCGAGAGAAUCCUUCGGCUCCGAUACUGUCCUGACAGUGGCUACGAACCGCGUGGGUGAAAGAAGCCUAGAGAUACCUAUAAGGAAUAGCGAAUUAGUAGAUGUCCUUGAGCCGUGGAUACGGAGUGAAUCAUCCCCCGAUUCGAGCUGGUUUAUCGAUAGAUCGGCGAACGGAGGAACAGUUCUGCGGCGAUUCCAUCGGUGAAAGGUUCGAGGUUCUCUUUUCAUCGGGGAGAAACAAAAGAGUCCCCCGAGGAUCGGUGAUUGGCGUGCCGGGUUCUCGUUGGUCGGUGAAUAGGUGGAGAAGGGUACGCAUCCCUGGCGAGGUGUAGCGUGCCCCAGCGUGCCGGUGAUAAAGUGGUUCUCUAGGAUCGGUUCGCGCGGGAAGACCUCGUCUGUUCCCUCGGCCGGAUUACAAGUCGGAGAAGACCCGAGGCUCUCUCUUGUCUCUCGGCCGAGCCGAGAAUUAACCGGGUCGACGUCUGCGUCUGCGGAAGGAAUAAAGUAAAGCCAAAGUGCAGUGGCCGCUGUGCCGCGCCGGGUCGGCGAGAUAGAGGAUGUGUCUGGCCUGGUGAAGGCGGCCCUGGCCGAUGUCUUCCGGGUGACGGUGUUCGUUACGACCGGCUGCGAAACGGAGCCACGUGAAUGCCGCACUCAACGGAACCCACCUUCCCACCGGGCGAAUUGUUCUGGACCGGAAUGGAGCCCGUCAAAGCCAAGAUGGCGCCCGCAGGGAUGCCGCCGGUCACCGGUGUCCUGCAGCCACCGGCGGGCUCCACGCUGGCCGGAUCCACCAUGUCCAGCCAUAAGAAAAGCUGGUGGAGGAAAGUAGCACCUUGCUUGGCGUUCCUCGCCGCUUUUUCCACCGCCAUGGCCUUGCUGCUCGUCUGGAGCGAGGCAGCGGCUUUGAGGAGGCAGGCGUUCGACGCGAACAUGACCAGGGACUACGUGUUGAACAGCGUCUCGAUGGACAAUCCGGAGCUGGUGGCGUACAUCAGGGAGGUUCAAUUGAAGCCGACCACCCAACAGGACCCUCUGAACGCCACGCAGACCACGGAGGAGAAGUAUGUGUCGGGCUUAACCGAGGGAAAACGCGAGGGCGUCUACGUCGAGUACAUUAGCAGGAUAGGAGCUGUCUCGGGGACGGGCUGGCUCGAGAGGAACCUCAGCUGGAGGGGUGUCCUCGUGCUCACCGAUCCCAGAAGUUUCUUCGAGGCCCACAGGAGCACCAGGAACCCCAAGACCAGGGUCCUGCACGCUUGUCUCAGCACCGACAAGGAUACCAAAGAGAUUACUUAUCACCAGGAGUCUGAGGUGCAAGUUACCAAACUGGGGGAGGGUCCGAACAGUCUGGUGUCCUCGGACGAAGGCCUGCCGACGACGAGGUUGAAGUGCUUUCCUCUGUACAGCGUUCUGUUGGCGUACAGCGCGACUACCUUGGACUACCUGAGCCUAGACAGCCCCGACGCGCAGGAUGGCCAGGUGCUCGACACGAUCCCCUGGGAGACGACGAGGAUAUCGGUCCUCUCGAUCCGAUGGAGCUCGCAGCACAGCGAGAUGGAGACAAAGACUCUGAUCGACAAGAUGACUAGCCGGAGGUACAAGCUGAUGUACACAACCGACAAUGGGAAGCUGAUCUUCAUGUACAACGCGUUGCUUAAGAUUUGAACAUUGACGACUCUGGCUAGGCCGCUUCUGCGUUUCCCGCGAUCGAGAGAACGUUUCUACCGGGUGAUCGAAGAUCGUCCGACCGUCCGAACUUCUCCAACGAUCAAACGCGAUCCCGUCGAUCUCGUUCUGACCGCUGGAACGUUCACCUCGAACGGAUCUUCCAUUUUUCCCGGCGUAAAAACGUGCUGUUUCCUUCGCGGAUCGUAGAACCGGUCGAUUCCUUCGUAGAUCGGGCGAGGUUAUGACAAGAACCGAGAUCUCGAAUUCCUUUGCUCCUCGAACGCGUGUGUACGAUGCCUUACACCAAAUCACGAGAAAGAGAGAGAGGCGUUUUCGUGCUCGUAUUUUAGCGUAGGUUCGUUUUUAAUCUGAUGUUCAGCCAGUCUAGACACCGGAACAUUUUUACGGACUUAGAUUUUUAUUCCAAACGUUGCGUCGGCGACAGCCCGAACAGCACCCACCAAGAAGACAUUCUAGCGAACGGGCUGUCGCAGUGAUAACCGAUUACUCUGAUUACCUACACCACGGGCCUUACUAGCACGUAAGUCGAUACUUAGCUAAGCUAGUUGUGUAGAACGCUGUGAACCGUCCGGAUCUUUCCAGGUUCAGGUGGCUUCGCCGCAUCCUUUCCCCCCACUCCGAUCCGAAGGAAAUGAUAAAUUGGAUCAGUUCUAGUUGAAGCUGCCGUACCUGAGAGAGUCGAGUCGCGUCCUCGCUUAGGCAACCUAAAGAACAGAUUCAGAACUUCCAAGAGACACGUUCCGGGAGUUGUUCAAGUGGGAACGCGGCUUAACAGGGGGUUACUUUGCCCCAUCGAGUUCGUGGCGCGGCCGCACCUUGCUUUUACGACGAUGAUCGAGUAUUGCGUCGUGUUUCUGCUCCUUUUAUUUAUUUUAGUCGAUCUUACAAAUGACGAUAAUCCUGCUGAUUUCAUGCUGGAACGCUGCAAUCCUGUUUGGUUCAGAUCCCGAUCCCAAGAUCAUCGAGUCGUUUUACGUUCAGUUAUCCAUGUCGAAGCGAUCGUUAAUUUAUCUCAUUUUACUAUUUUUCAUCACAUGACAAUCCUCUUGUUGAUUUCCUCACGAUUCUUCGUUCAGUGUAGCCACACUGAACUCGUUCUGUUCAAUUCAAAGAUCAUCGAUGCAUUUCAUUCGGUUGCCAAAGUCGACACAUUCCCUAAUCUACGUUGUGACAAAUGACUCAACUUAUUCUGUCGUGUUCAUUCGCUCGAGGAGGACCUCGUUUCCCUGCCACGAUCCCAAAACGUCUCGAUGUGGAUCGAGGAUGGUUUGCACUGGCAAAGUAACCCCCUACUCGGUUCACGGAACACGUUCCAGCGCGAUACUUAAUGAUCAGACCGCGGAUCUCGUUCGUCCACGAUGGAAAUGAAGUAGAACGCCGUUCUAUUAGUUUCGAUUUAUGCGAAUUACUGGGAGAUCAGGAUUCCCGGAAACGACGGGGAACAUUUUUAUUUUGCUCGAGAAGAUCCGCGGUCUAUUAAUGAUGCUCUCCCGGGGAUGAAGUUCGCAGAGUUUAUUAGCGGCCUUUAUUAUUUCGCCGGUCGGACUUGAUAAUUCGUCCGCACGAAGGGAUAAAACGUUCGAUUCUAUUCCGAUAGAGCUCUAUCGCGCACGGGAGUCGGAUAGAUAAGCGGCCGUCGAACAUGAUUUAUAAUACUCCCGAUGACAUGAUUCGCUAACUUCUAGGACACGAGUCACGAAACUAAUUCACAGUCUUGAAGCAUAAUUUAUAUAGACAGAUGGCAUAUUUUUGUUCCACGAGCAAACUGUGGGAUUUUCAUUUGUCUCGUGACUUGUGUCAUUCUCCUUCAGGGCCGCUGACAUAACGGAGGAUCGUUGUACAUCCUCUACGAUUGCGCGUGAUGUUUUCCCUUUUCGUUCGCCUUGUGACGUUUGUACGAUUCAUUCCGAGAGAACUGAUUCUUUUGGAGAAUAAUAAAAGGUAGAUAUUUUCGAAGACUUA